AUGAUGAAUAGAGCUCUCGCAUCGGUCCGUAGGCAGACAUCCGCAUUGCCAUCUAGAUCCAUUAGUGCGAACAUCGUCCCAAAUUUGCUCUAUACUACAUCUAAACGUGUCUUGGAGCCAGUAGCCUUAGGCAUCCCUUAUGUGAUCGAGUCAUCUCCAAGGGGAGAACGGGUCUUUGAUAUCUUUUCACGGCUAUUAAAAGAACGCAUCGUCAUGUUAACUGGAGAAGUCAAUGACGCUGUCUCUGCAGUGGUGACUGCUCAAUUCUUGUUUCUUGAAGCAGAGAAUUCUGAAAAGCCCAUUCAUUUUUACAUCAAUUCACCUGGAGGAAGUGUCACUGCUGGCAUGAUGCAGUAUAUUUCAUCCCCUGUGCAUACGGUUUGCAUUGGUCAAGCAUGCUCAAUGGGAUCGCUCCUGUUAACUGGAGGCGAGCCGGGGCAAAGGGCAUGUUUGGGAAACUCGCGACUGAUGAUUCAUCAACCGUCUGGUGGCGCUGCAGGCCAAGCCGCCGACAUAGCAAUACAUGCUCAAGAAAUCCUAGAUACACGAGAGCGACUGAACAAGUUGUAUGUCAAGCACACAGGACAGUCUUUAGAAAGUGUUGAGAAAGCUGUAGACCGUGACUAUUUUAUGACUCCUGAGAAGGCAGUCAAAUUCGGUCUUGUGGACAAAAUACUUGAGAAACGUCCUCUUCCUCCCAAAUCCUCCUCAUAA